AUGGCUGGGGGGUACCAGCUGUGGGCACCCUGGUCCCCACUAGAUGAAUCUCUGCAAUGGCUGAGGGGCACCAUACACAGGCCUGGGGCUUCCAAGCCUAUCUUCCAAGGUGUCCAGAGCCCAGCUGCUGCUGAUCUGGAAGUACAGCUUUGUUUCCAGGGUCUCAGCCUGGUACUGGAGCCUACUGCAAAGAUGGGAACAGGACAGUCACAGCCACCUGGAGCAGCUGGAGAGACAAGGGGUCACACUGGGACUGUGCGUAAACCCCAGGCUGUGCAUCUUACAGGGAUUGAUUUGGUAUUUGGACACCUUGUGACAGUACAGCCCCCACGUUGGACUGGCUCACUGAGGGUGUCAGAGCACUCAGUCUUCUGUCAAGUCAUAAGCACACACCAGCGCUGGCCCCGUGGGCUCCAGGAGCCCCAAGUGCGCAUGGCCAUGGCCAUAUGCUGGCAAAUUCUGCAUGCAAUGCUCCUGCUCUACACUGCCUACAAGAAGUGUACCUUCACAUUGCAACAUUCCCACUGA